GGGGGUGCAAGUCACAAAUUUUCAACGAGGAUCUUAGUUAUUCCUACACAGUGUUGUUUUUUCAAGAGGGAACAGGUGAUUUUUUUGAGAAUCCUGAAAGCGAUGGAUUGAAGUAACUAAGUAGUAUAGAGGAACUUUUUUAGUUUGAAUGGUCUAAUCAUUAUUUUUUAUCAAAAAUUUUUAAAAUGAUCCUGCUUCCCCAACAAUUAAUGUAAUCCAUAUCAAGGUUUAUCUAUUCGUUUCCUUUACAUGUGAACCUUGCUCUUUCCUUAUUUUCUCCCCCUUUUAAAUGGGAUUAUUGUAAAAAAAAUAACGUAGAAGGAAUUUAAAAUUCCUCAUCCUUCCAAACAGAAUAAAUCAAAAGCUACAGUUAUUAUUUUGUAUACAAGUAUGUUUAUCAUGGGCCUUUUAAAAAGUUAUUUUUCGAAGUAAUUUCAAGACGUUUUGAUAAGAUAUUGGAAGUAUAGUUAAGAAAGCUUUUAAGUAAAAAAAAUGUCUGAUAUUAUAGGGAGCUGCAUCAUGACCCCGACUGGAAUCGAUAAUGCAUACAGUAUGGACUAUGGAAAUUAUGUUUAAAAAAAACAUUUAUAAUACGCUGUACUAUAUGAAUUUCACAGAAGUUGUUUAAAAAGAGUUUGAAAUCUUAAACAAAGAGGGGGUAACCAGAGAUCUGAGAGAUUAAAAGAAAACUUAGAUAAUCGGUAUACAAUCAAAUGGGGAGUUAAAGACAAAAUUACCAACUUUAAAGCAAGUUUACCAAUUUGAGGAUCCCCACACAGCAAAAACAAGUGAUUUAAAUUUGACGCAAUGCAAUGGUGUUGACUAUCACAUUUACAAGUACAUUACAGUAUUUGUUCAACAUUUAAAAAAAAUCAUGCUUAAUUCAUUGACAAAUAAAUAUCGAAAAAAUUACUUUGUUCAGUUUUUAAACACAAACACUUGUUUAAACUGUUUGAACAAUAAGGUUCACGUAGUGAAAAACAUGGUACAGUGUUUUUACUACAAAAAGAUACAGUACGUGUAUCUCUCAAUGAUCCAAAAAUGGAUAAAUAUAGUACGCCCUCUAUCGAUAGGAUGACAAAUGCUUCCAUCAAGUUCAAAGGUAGCUGGGAAAAACCAGUUCUAUUUAUAAUUAUACUAUUAUGUUAUUGUAUUAUAUCGCAGCUUCCUCGUUCUUUAUCAAUGUACACAAAGUCAUAUUGUAAUAGGAGUUUCGCACACACAGUCAUUUCACGACGUGCACAAUAAUUAUAUAUACUCGUAGCUGCCUCUCACAACUAAUUAGUACUCAGUUUCGUUGAAAUAGUUUGACUUUAGAAUUUAUGUAGCAAUGGCUGAAAAGAUUGAAAUAGAGAAAGCAUCUAGCACUUCACAGGACCUGAUAUGUCCGCUAUGUCUUGAUAUUUUUGAUGAACCAACGAUCCUGACGUGCGGACACACUUUCUGUCGAAAGUGUCUCAAGAAAUAUGAUCUGACCCACCAGGACAUUGACCACAUGGUCUGUCCUCUCUGUAGGGAGAUCACCAAGUUGUCUGCGAACCGUGUCGACGAUCUCCGCCUCAAUGUCCCCAUCAACGGAUGCGUAGAUGAUUACCACGCCAAGUGUGGAGGGAUGAAUGCAGUCCUUGAGUUGCGUCCAAAAUGCACGGCUUGCAAACUUCAGCAAGACGCUGUCUCCUUCUGCAGAACAUGUAAUAACUACAUAUGUGAUAAGUGUUUACAACCUCACCAGUACAUGACCAUGUUUGAAGAUCACGAGAUUGUCUCCGUGGAGGAUGUCAUCGAAGGGAAGGUCAGCAUUGGUCAUCAAUUUGAGAAAUGCUCCAUCCACAAACAAGAGAACAAAGAUAUGUUUUGUGAUGAUUGCAAGGUCCGUGUCUGUCUCAGAUGCGUGGUCGUUGGUCAUAAGGUCCAUAACAUCAAGAACCAGUCUGACUUCGAGCAGGAGUUGAGGCGAAAGGUGGCAGCCCUUGCCCAGCAAUGUGCAGCUAAGAAAGCUGAGCUGGAAAAGAACAUUCAGAAUAUAGAAGAACAACGUCAUGAGGUACACACUGCCAUGCAGAAACUACUAGACGAUGUCAGCCAGGCUUACAGCAUCAAGGUCAAAGAGCUGGAAGGAAAUCUUCAAGAUCUCAUUGAGCAAAUAAAUGAAUUGAGGCGAAGUUUCGAGGAUGAUCUCAACAUCUUAAAGUCCAAGGAUCGACAGAGGAUCAAGAGCAUUUGUAGUUCGAUUACAUUGGUAGAUAAUGACAGACUGGGUCGUCUUGAGACAGAAAGUCUGUCUGCUCAUAAUUUGCUUUGUAAUGAGCUAGAAGCUAUGCUGAAAGAGGUUACCGAUCGCACUUCUGCGGAAGUUAUUACAAAGAAAGCACAGGAGAAGAGUUUUAAUCCUGGAGAUAAAUCUUGUCUUGACCUCGGAAAAAUAUCAGACCCUAUCGAUCACACUUCUACUGUUGCUAUCACGGAGAAAGCACAGAAGAGGUUUAAUCCUGGAGAUAAAUCUUGUCUUGACCUCGGGAGCAUCUCUGGAUCAGAUCCCAAGUUAGAAACCAUGAAGUGUAUAGAUCUACGGGGAGGGAUGGUUGGAAUGACAGCUUACAGUCAUACCAGUGUGGCCAUCGUAUAUGGGAGUAAUACACGAGGUACUGAUAUCAUUGAUACAGCUGGUGGAACGGAGCAGCAUACAAACAUACCACAUGACGUUCGUUAUCACGAUAUUGUGAUUCAACGAGACGGUACAUCAUGUGUCUCAAUUGGUGGUACAGAAGCACACGUGUAUUCUACCAAUGGCUCCAGGAAAGCAACAAUCAGUGUGAGUGAGACUGGUUAUUGUCUCACACUGAACAGAAGUCCAUCAAAUGAGAUCCUCAUUGCUAACGGUGCCAACAAAGUCUACAUCUAUGACCCGACUGGAUCCACUCUCAAACACACUGUUCCAACAAAGCACGUGACGAGUCAGGUAUCAUCCACCAGGUCGGGUUUGAUCGUCACCAGUUUAUGUAAUCUCACCAGUCCAAGCGUGGUGACGGUCUAUGACAGGGAUGGGAAUGCUGGUGAGUCUCUACAAGCUCCAAACCGUGUCUAUCUGUAUGCUGCCGUGGAUGAGCAGGACAGGGUGUAUGUAGCGAGUGUUGAUAGGAAGAAUAGGAAGGUGGUGAUCAGGCUCUAUGAUCUUGAUGGUCUGAACCUGAUGGAAAGAGCUGAGUUUAAUGCACUUGAUAUGACAUUGGGUUGGUGGUGGUGUUACUUGGUUUCCCUCUCUCCGGACCUACUCGCCUUUGCUUGUGACAAGAAGUUAUAUUUCAUCAAGGUAUCGUUGUAAUCACGAGUAUCUCACAAUAAGUACGUAUCACAUGAUUUAUUGCUUUUUAAUAUAGUGUAUGUGAAUGGGAUAUCCGAAAUUUUGUAAUAACUUUUCUUGACUUUCCUACGUUUUGCUGUGUAUAUAUAAUACACAGGGCUUCUAACACGAAUCGAAUAAAAACUUGCAUACACAUAUAACAAUUUCAUCAUUGAAACUUGAUCAUUAUUUCGUGAAUAUGAAUUAUCUAAUGCUUAAGGUGUCAUUAGGUCUCUGUUAUGGAGAAUUCCAUGAAAGACUAUUAUAUUAAACGAACUCUAUAUUUUGUGAGUGUCAAGAUUAGUCUUUAUGAAAUUGUGUACAAUUGAUAUGCUGUUUUCUUGCAAGUCAGCCUAUUAGUUGUGGAGAUACGUCAAUGAUCUCGAAAUCUUAAAUUUUUCUGCCCAGUGUUUAUAUGAUGUGAAGGAAAAACCUAAUAAUCACGGAUAUCAGCUCAUUUCUUUCCUAUUCGACCGUAAAACCAUUAAUCUGAAUAGGGCUAUAUUUCUUUUUGUGUGGAAUGUACAGUGCGUAUCAAAAAAAAGUUUACAUUUUGAAAAAGCCCUGGGAAUUAAAAAAUAUACAACAUGUGGGUAAUUUUUUCACAUAUAAUCUUGGGUUUGGGUCUCAUCUAUCAAAUGAAAGUAAACGUUUUGACAGAAUGUUACACUUGAGUGAGCACUGUCCAUUUUUGUAAAGCUCUCAGAAAUCUGUUUGCGCAGAAAUGCUCGUUUUCACGCUGUGUCAAGGGGAACGGGCGAAAUCAAACUUACCCUGCGAAACAUUUUUCAUACAUUUCCCUUGUACUUUUAGUCAAUUUAGAUAAAACGGAUACAUUCAAGCAUUUUGUAACAAUUUUGCCACCCAAAUUGAAAUUUCAAUACUUAGUAAGCACAAACUUAACCCUUUUUGUGCCAACUGGAUUUAAGGACAUAGCUGAAUCUGUACAAAUGCUUACAUAAGACAUCUCCAGCAUUUUUUCACUAAGUUUUUAUCAUUUAAAGUGGGUUUACAUUUCAUUUUUCAUUUAAUGCUCGUUUCUCCACACUUUUCCCAAGCUUAACAAUGAUUAACAAGAUGAAAAUCAAGCCUUAGCCAUUUCAUGUAAAUCACAGCUCAGGGUAAAGCAAAUAUCGUCUUGAUGGCCUUGGUUUGUGGGGAAGUGGGGUGGGGCGCAAUGCACUCUUUGAAGUGUUUUGGCCAAGGAAACAAGUUAAAAAAGGUGAAAGAUAUCUUCAAAUAAAUUUUACUAGCUAAAUUCAACGUGUUCUUCAUGAUUAAGGUCUCCUUUUAUUCGCAUAACUAUUUCAAAGUUCUGCGCAAAUCAUUUUUCACUAACUUUUCAAAAGUAAGUGGUGCUCACUCAAGCGUAAAUAUUUUUCGACAGUUAUUUCGUAAUUUGCUUAAAUGGAUCUGUACCAAUGUUAAAAUGUGGAAAAAUCUUCAGGAUAUUACAAAUGUAUAAUUUUACAGGAUUUUUUCAAAGUGUAAACUUUUUUUUGAUACGCACUGUAUAGUCCCCACAAACCGAUUGAUAUAUCAAUAUUUUCAUUUUAUGAAAUGUACAGAAUUACUGGAAUAUUCAUUUUGUAUUAAAACACCUCGCUGAAUGAUUAAUGUUUAUAAACAGUCACUACAAAUACAAACUACGAUAUUAACAUAAUUUCAAUUUCACGAGGGCAUCCAUAGAAAUGUAUUUAUAUCGAAGAACUUGUUAUUGUUUAUUUUUAAUUGUUUUGCCUUUAUUCAGAAUACAAUACAUCAUAAUAUAACAAAGGUAUAAGAAGUAAUAUUUUCUUGCAUUGCACAUUGCCAUACGUUCUAUUUUACAAAAUUCAGGUUAGCUUAAUAAAUGAUUAAAUUUCCAUGAAAUAUAAUAAUAAAAACAACGAAUCAUAUAAAGAAAUAAUACUUUGAACAUUAUUGAAAUCAAUAUAAAUCAUCAUAAUUUGAAUAAGGAAUUUCUUGUGAGAAAAGAUGAAUGGUGUACAUUAAGCCAAUAUAACACGGUGUAUUUAAUUAAAUUUCUCAAUAUAAAAAUGAUUAUGAAUAUCGGACUACGUGUUUAUAACUUGCCGUUUGUGUAUACCGCCCUCUUUCGAGAGAAUCAGGACAUGCUCUACCUUCGAACAACAUGGAAAGGUAUCUAUUGGAGACUGAAUUAUUUUCUGGAGAAAAUCUUUCAUCAUAUUCACCUUUUUAGAAAAUGUUGAUGGAAAGAAACAACACAAAUGCACAUACAUACGGUUGUCCACCCCC